UUCAUUUGGAGAGCAUUCUUUUUCCACAUUUUUCCAUGACUACUUUUUCUCCCGCUCACGAGUCAUCUCCAUGAUAACAGACAACUCGCAUCGCCCCAUUCGUUCCAGGAAAUUCUGCCAUAGACUCGGUACUCAGUACACUUUUGCAUCGUGCAGGUCUCUUUCGACCAGUCUUCUCCGUCCUAUUCUUGACCAGAUGAACGGCUAUGGGCAGAUAGGCAUACCUUAACAUCUUUGUAAGAAAGCGUCGUCGCAAAUUUUAUGGCCUCAAAGUAAGCAAGCCUAGAACAUUUCACUGCAUUUAUGUUUUAAACCCUGCGAAAGAGAGUCCGAUCGACAUGGGUGACCCUGGGUCUCUUUCGACCAGUCUUCUCCGUCCUAUUCUUGACCAGAUGAACGGCUAUGGGCAGAUAGGCAUACCAUAGCAUCUUUGUAAGAAAGCGUCGUCGCAAAUUUUAUGGCCUGAAAGUAAGCAAGCCUUGAACAUUUCACUGCAUUUAUGUUUUAAACCCUGCGAAAGAGAGUCCGAUCGACAUGGGUGACCCUGGAUUCGUUUCAGGAUUGAUAGGUGUGGGGAUAACUGUAGCUUUGACAGAGAUCAGCGAGCGCAUCAAGCUUGCUGUUCACUGCAAGAAAGAGCUUCAUAAACUUGAAGACUAUUUGAAAAAUGUUGCCCCUCUCAACACGGCCAUCCAGAGGUAUCGGACGCACCUGAAGCUCGGCCAAAUUGUUAGCCACGAGACACAAACGCUACGGCCUCCGGCUAUGAAUGAGUGGUUGAAAAAGCUUGAUUCGCUUGUUAGACAGGCCACCGAGGUUGCAGAGCAGUGUUGCAUACGAUUACCGAAUUAUAAUGUGAUUUCUCGCUACCGCAUGAGCUUGAGGAUACGGGAAAUCGUUGCAGGCGUUGAAGAGCAUCUGAAGCAGGCUGCUUUGAUUGGCAUAACGACCACGCUUGCCAGCAAUGAGGAUCUCGGUCGAGGUCUCCAUCGUAUUGAACAAAAAUUGGACGAUCUCAGCACUGCAGCCACCUCGUCGAAUUAUCCAACAGCAACACAGAGGUUUCAGCCAGUGAACGAACCUCUUAUUGUGGGACAACAUGACGUGUUUUCUAAGCUGCAGAAGAAAUUAAUAGAUGAAGGGCAAGGGCUAACUUGCCUAGGAGUGGUUGCCAUGGGCGGAGCCGGCAAAACUCUGCUUUUGAAAACUGUGUUCAAUAGCAAAGAGGUGCAGGAUAGCUUUAAGCAGGAUCUGGUGCUCUGGCUCACGGUGUCACAUAAUCCUUCUCUUUCUGCUCUCGCCUGUAAUCUUGGAAGACAAAUUGCUUCUCAAAUAAAAGAGCAUUUCAAUGAAAGAGGCGGCCUAGACGAUUAUGUGAAGCCGUGGAUCCAUGAAAAUUUGAGAAGCAAGAGGUUUUUACUGUUCCUGGACGAUGUGUGGGAAAAGAACAGCGACGGUUUGCUGGAGGCAUUGGGUGUGCCGGUUGAAACGGUCGGCAACUGCAGACUGGUAGUGAGUGCCAGGGACAGAAGGGUUUUGGUAAAGUUAGGAGUAAAGCUUGAUGAUACAAUUACCUUGAGUGGUCUUUCCGAGAAACAAAGCUGGGAACUGUUUUCAUCUCAUGCCUUCGCAUACAACAAUAACCAGGUGCCGUCUGUGACAGUGGAGGUAACGGCAAAGCGCGUUUGCGGAGAAUGUGACGGGCUUCCGCUUGCCAUUAAAGUAAUAGCGGCCACCAUGGCAGGCGUCACAGAGCCGGUAGUAUGGGAGGUGACGCUCCAGAUGCUGCAAAAUGCAGACAAGCUUAAUCCUGAUGUGCAGACAAAGCUUUACAAUCGCUUGAGGCUCAGCUACGAUGCUCUGGCCAGGUACGAUCCUAUUCUGCAACUGUGCUAUCUUUACAUCGGUGCCUUUAAGGAAGAUGAAGAUAUGUAUGUGGAGGAUCUCAUUAACUUGUGGAUUGGAGAGGGACUAGUUACAAUCAAUCGUCCAGAUUACGAUCCCUUGGAAAUUGGGCGGGCUCAAGUGAAUGUGCUCUUAGAUCGCUGUCUGAUCGAGGGCAGCGUAAUGGAUGCCGACGGGCAGGUUAUGGUCUGUUCAAUGCACGAUGUGCUGCAUGAUUUAGCGCUGCAGAUCGCGGAGGAGGAAGAGAAUUGUUUGUACAGGGCCGGCAGGAACCUGCAGUCGUUUCCAGAAGAUGACUGCGCGGGGCGAAGGAGGAUUUCCUUGAUGGAGAACAAUUUUGCAUCUAUUCCGGAGUCAUUCCAGGGUGAUCAAGUCCUUUCCAUGCUGCUGUCCGAGAACAAAAGCCUCACACAUUUUCCUUCGCGCGCCAUGGCCACAAUGACCUGGGUUCGAGUUCUGGAUCUUGGAGGCACUUCAAUUCAAGAGCUGCCUUCCAGCUUUGGACGAAUGAAACAGCUUGUUUGCUUGCGCUUGGCCCGCCUGCCAAUCAAGAAAUUGCCUGAAAGCAUCACCAAGCUAAGGAAGCUUCAGAUACUGGAUCUUUCCACCUGCAAUAAACUGGAACGCUUGCCCUCGGGGAUUGAUAACCUUGUUUCUUUAAGGUACCUGGACUUGAGCCAGUGUCAACAUCUGCAGUCUUUGCCCUCUGGUAUUUCCAAGCUUACUUCUCUCCAGUACUUGCGAACCGAAGGAUGUUGGCAAGCCUGGGAACCAAGGAUACAGACGCAGUCCAAACUCUGCUUCAGAGCACCUGAAAGGGCAGCAUGCUUUGGGGAUCUGCAAACCCUAACGCAACUGAAAUGGCUGGGACUAGAAGAUGCCAGAGCGACAAUCAAACAUGGAACAUUGGGCACAAUGAUGGAAAUGAGAACCCUAGUGCUCAACCUCACCAAAAUGACUGCGCUGCCGGAUGACAUGACUGCAAUGACGAAGAUGAAAACCCUCUUCAUAAAAUGCAGAGAUUUGAUAGAAACCCCGCCUCGGCUUUCUGAAUUUGAACACCUGGGUUGCCUCAUACUCUCUGGAUGCGACAAGCUUCAACAAAUAAGUGCAUUGCACAGCCUUCCCAGAUUGAGAAGGCUGGAUAUGGGCGGGUCUUACGAAAUGAAGGAUUUGCCCCAGGAAUUUGGAGAAACCGGGGCUUUCCCUGCACUGGAGAGAUUUUGGGUAGACCAAAUGUACGCGCUGGAGAGGUUACCCGCUGUGAUAGAAGGAGCAAUGCCACAGUUGAAAAUAUUGGGUGUUGUAGUUUGCCCUCGUGUAGAAAUGUUGUCCGCCGGCUUUUUCAAGCUGCAACACCUGCAACAGAUACAAGUUUACAGUUCCCCCCAGGUGUUGCAGAGGAUGGCAGAAGGAGGGCAAGAUUGGGAGGUUGUAAAACAGCUCCAAAACGGCGGCGUCGAAAUUAUCAGAGAAUUUGGGGGUCACAGACGCUUAACAGAGAUAACGACAAGGAUGGGUAGCAAAUAUUGGUGGGACAGAUUUGUGAAGGAAAUGUGGAUGAAUUUUCAUAUUUAACUUCUGUAGUGGUGGAACAGUACCAGUAGAAAUUAUAGCUAAUUUUGUGGACUAACUUUCCCCAUUCUAAGUUUUUCGGUUAAUUUGAAGUACGUAAAAUUGUGUAAAUGUAAGAUGAGUUUGUUUGAAGACAAUUACUGUUCUUUCAUUUUAUCAUUGCUUUAAUAUUUGUGUUAUUUGAACA